GUUACCAGUGUAUCUUCAAAAACAAGUAAAGGAGUGAAUGAUGUAUGGAAUAUUAUACUCGAAUAUUUCAACGUAAUGAGGAAUUCUGGCGAAUUGCAAAAAAGGCGGGGGAAUCAGCGAAAAUUAUGGAUGUGGCGCCAAAUAAAAUCCGAACUUCUAAAUAGAUUGAAUUCGGAUGAAUCUAUUAGAAAACUUGUUGAUGAGUUGGAAAAAAAAGUAUUUGAUGGAAAAAUGACAUCUGGUACAGCUGCUGAUUAUGUUGUUGAUGUUUUUACUCAUAAAAUCACACAAAAUUCAAAUCAUG